UGACAGAUCAUUCAGGUUUUACUGCAUAGCACUCUCCCGAAGUCCUUAAAAUUCGAGGUGUCUUCCUAUUGUGCUGUUCCCCGAAAGGUUGACCAUCAGACGCCUCAAGAUGCGAUCAAGCAGGUCGCUGGCUUUUCUGCUCCAUGCCGGCCCUCUCGCGGUGAGCUUGUUUACGGUAUCGGGCCUCGGUGUUACAAACAUGGCCAUUGAAUCUCGAUCUUGCCCGAUGUCUACGGUAUCUGGUGAAAGUCAAGCAUCAACUUCCUUGUACAAGCCCAUUCUCUGGUGAAUAUUUGCAGCAACAACGCUGUCCGCCCGGAUGCAUUCUGUCGAGGCCAUCAUCCCUGACCUGCGGCUUGACAUGACAUCAUGAUCGUUCCGUGUCUUGGACAGGGAUAUCGGAGAGCCGUUCAGCACAGGCUUUGACUCAAUAAUGGCAGUCCAUGCAAGCCAGCGUGGUAAGGUGGUAACGAGCAUGCGGUUUGAGACGACGGACUCGCCCUUUAUUCCGUGCGCGUCAUAGAAGCGAUACAAGGCGAAUAUGCAUACUUUCGACAUCGAAUUUCAAGCCGGCGUUGUCGGGCAGCAUGUAAGUUGCAAGGAUUCAUGUUUUCUUUUUCCCGCCUUCAAAGUUUCGAGGUGUUAGCACUUUAAAUUUUCCUGUUCCCGCGAGUGCAAACCAGUCGCAGAAACGUGGGAUUGUGACAACAACGCCUCGAUGCCCCGAAACAGCUCCGAAGACACACUGGAAGCGGAGAACGAGCGACAAUCGGGCCUGCCACAGAAGACCGAGGAAGACGAGCAGCAUGACGGCAACAAUGGAGACAGUUACGAACAAGACCAACACCAGGAGUCUUCAGGUGCCAGAUGCGAUGAGGAGAAGAAUGGUCUCGACCUCCCUCCUCUGCCCGUUGGCCUGCUCGAUCCGUCGCUGAGACACGUUUUCAAGGAGGUGGCAGUCAAAUGGGCCGCGACGGUGCUGAUCCUGUUCAGCUUCAUCCUCUGCAUCCUGUCACUAUACUGGGCGGUUCUUUUCCACGUGAACGAGAACAUGUCGGCGUUAACCGUGGCAGUGGUGAAUUUUGACGCACGAGUUGCGCCUUACAACAAUUCAGCCUUAUCAGCAGCGCCAAGUGUAGGACAGACGGUUGAACGAUUCGCACAGGGGCAAGCUAUGAUCCACAGCGGCGUUCUAGGAUACACGGUGCAAGAUGCGGACAUUAUGUACCACGGCGACCCGAUGGCAGUGCGACAAGCCGUCUACGACUACAAGGUGUGGGCAGCGAUCAUCGUCAACACCAAUGCAUCAACAAUACUACAAGAGGCUGUUAGGAUUGGCAACACGAGCUACGACCCCCUUGGAGCCGGGCAGAUGAUUAUCAACUCUGCGCGCGACGAGACCACCUAUUACAACUACAUCCUACCACAACUCUACCAGUUUCAAACCGACGUGGCCGCCAUUUUUGGGCCUGAAUGGAUUCGCAGCGUCUUGUCCAACUCUUCCCUCGAUGCAGCGACAUACGGCCGUGCUCCGCAAGCGUUAAACCCAGCCAUUGGGUUCUCCAUGUUUGAUCUCCGACCUUUCAAUCCUCCCCAGGCCACGCCCGCGGUAACAAUCGGACUGAUCUAUUUGAUCAUCAUUGCUUUUUUCUCGUUUUCUUUCUUUCUUCCAGUCUACACUAAGUUUCUGAUCCCAAAGGGUCAUCCACCGCUGCAUUUCUACCAAUUGAUCAUGUUUCGGCUCUUGGCCACAACCACGGCGUAUUUAUUCAUGUCACUGGCCUAUUCGUUGGUGUCGCUGGCGUUUCAGAUCCCAUUUUCAAACACAUACCCUCACAACGACCUCACCACAGCCAACAACCCGGAUGCGUACGGCAAGGCAACUUUUGUUGUCUACUGGAUGUUGAAUUGGGUCGGCAUGUAUGCUUUGGGUCUGGCUUCGGAGAAUGUCACCAUGAUUAUUGGCCAGCCUUGGACUGCUCUCUGGCUCAUCUUCUGGGUCAUCACCAACGUAUCGACAUCGUUCUACGCCAUCCCAUUAUCGCCCGGAUUCUUCAAGUUCGGUUACGCCUGGCCACUCUACCACAUCGUCAACGGCAGUCGGACUUUACUUUUCGACACACACAGCCGUAUCGGGCUUAACUUUGGUGUCCUGUUCGCCUGGUGUGCAGUCAACACUUUGCUGUUUCCUCCGUGUUGUGUCUUUAUGCGCUGGAAGACGAACAAGGAGCUGGCUAGACGAGUUCCAAGAAGGACAAUCAAGUAUCUAGUAGAUGGGUAGAUUGUACACUACUAGACCUUGUCAAUGGGACUGGGUGGUAGUGCUAGUAGGAUAGACACCAUUCCUCCAUCUCCGUAUCGUAGGUACCGAGAGUGUAGUCUGCAGGUGUAGUGUACCAGUACUCGAAAAAUCACUGGGUACGUUUCGUUGGUUGAACUUUGUUCUGGAGAUGAGAUGUAUGUAUGUGCGUGAGGUAGGCUACCUGCGCGGUGUAGUCCUCGGGGCGUCACGUCCCUGUUUAGUGCAGUGGUACAAUAAUAGGUAGUCAUACUUCGAGUCUGGUGUUCCGGUCAUGCAAAAUAUUGUAACGACUGAGUAGUAAUACUGGUCUGGAACUUGAAUCUACCUAGGUACCUACCAGCAGCGGUUCGGUUCAC